AUGUAUCCACAACGGCCAUCUAGGGGCUCAAACAGCCCUCCAAUCAUGUACCUCUUGCCCCAAAACCGCACAGUUCGUUCGUACACAGAUGCUGUAGCUGGCUGUCAAAAUCAGGCAUCAUUAUCCAACCUUCAGAGUAGCUACAGGCGGACUCCACCCCGUCAACAGGAGCCAGGUCAACGAGUACCUGAUACUCAAUCACAGAGAACAGGUCACUUGCCUGCUACAAGGCGCCCCACGUACGCUGAGGUUGUCCGGAAACAGAAACCUAUCUCCAGCCAAUACAACUCAACACAUCCAUUGGGACCAGGCUCCACUCUUGCUGAGAAUGUACAGCCUUGGGGCCCCCCUCGUCACGGUCCCGGUACGGCAAAUAGAAGAGACGUUGCAAGCGAUAUGACGACAGAUAUCAUGUCAGAUCAAGAACAAAUGUCUGAUGAAAUGAUGUUCGCGAUGUACACUCAUGGAGGUAACUCAGAAGGUGCACACGAGUCAUCUCCUUCCAACAGCAUGACUUACAGAAGGUCUGUGUUGCCAUCUUCGGCACCAACGCGUGGAAGGCUUGGAAAUGAUGAUGAUGAUCCUUGGUCAACUGUCCAUCAGAGAGGGAGCCAGAACUCGAUGGUAUCACCAAGGCCGCAUCUUCCAGUAAUGGGUCCAAGUGCAUUUCAACCCAAUCAUGCAGGCGGAGGCACUUAUUUGGCUCCCCCCGACCUGUAUCACCUAUCCCAUGUACGCAACUUCAAUCACGACAUCCACAACGCGAUUCAGAAUGCCCAGCCCACCAGGCCCAACAGGGUGUACGGACAAACCGAUCAUGGAACUACCCAAAACACGAAUCAUCGGAGAGCUUCUAGGCAGGUUCACCCUAACCAGCGUGUUCCGAGCAGUGCGAAUGACCGCCAGAUCAACAACGAUUCUGUUGUUCGUGUCAUUACUGCGACGCGCAGUUUAAAGGAAACAAGGAUGGGAAAGGAAAUCUUGCAAGACAUAUCCGUCAUAAGCACAAAAAAGACCGUCGUCAGAUUCUUUGCGAAUACUGUGGUCAACUGUUUCAGCGGACUGACGCCCGUCUCAAACACCACCGGAAUAAACACCCAAACUUUCACCCUCCCAAUUCAAGCUCUCAAAGGUCUCGACAGAGUAGCAUUCAAAUCCAAGCUGGCGUACAACAUGAAGCAUAUAGUACUGGAAGUCGCGGCUUCAAUGACUUUGAGGCAUUGCAAGACUACACUGCAAGCAUGGGACAACCAGACCAACAUCCUGACGACCUCCGUGGACUUGCAUAUUAGUAAUAGGUCCAAGCCACUGCCAUACAAAGGCGUUUUCACAGAUGUCUCGCUGCAUCUGCUACCAUCCACCAACAACACACUUGGUAUGGUGCCACUCUUACCUAUGGCAACCAUACACCAUCACUCCACGAAACACAAGAUGGCACCUUGA